GUCAGUUACGAUUCUCAGAGACUCCCGGUUUCGAAUAAUGAAAACGAAAUUAAAUUCGAAAUUUUAAUCAUGCGAAUGAAACUAAAAUUCAGACAGACAGGCAGGCAGGCAGAAUGUCUUAAAAGCUUGCGGCUGCUUUGACGUGACGUCUCGGCUAUCAGCGGAUAUUUUAUCCAAUAUCGAAUAUGUAUUUUGAUGUUCACUUUGUUUUCAUCCGAGUGCCAGUGUUCAGUUAUAAUUCAGUUUUGCACGUCUUCGGUCAAAUUUGCGGAAUAUUCAGUUCGGUUUCGUCUUUUGUUGGUCUCCCAGGCAAGCAACUGGUGUUUGAAAUUAAAUGUUCGAUUGCCCGACAUUUAAUUGCAGAACAAUAAUUAAAAUAAAAGUGGUGGAAAUUGUCUCCAAUCGAUAGAUGUUGGUUGAUUAGUUCACCAGACUGCAGCGCACACAUAAAAAAAAAAAAAACUCGGUUAAAUGGUCUCGUGUUCCCAUCGAAUUGUUAUUCAUAUUUGUCUCUAAUUGACGUGAAUAUCGUAGCGUGACUUUGAACGCCAACAGUUUCGUUGUGUCAAGUGUAUGGUUGAAGUGUGUACGUUUUCGAAAUAUUUAUUUAUUAACGGAAAGAAGAAAAAAAUCUAUUUAAAAAAUUCAUCGCACUUAAAUUCCGUAAGAAUUGCACAAACAUAAACGCGUUGUUGCUGAAACUGAAACGAAAAACUUGUUUGAAAAUUUCGACAAUUGAUAGUAAAAACCAGCAGCCCGAAGCAAAAAUAUGGAAACUACCACGAUUACAACACAAAGUCAGGAGUUAACUAGAAAAAUUGAUAAGCUGAAGAAAUCCAAAAAGAAAACGAAUGAAGGUCCUAAACAUGCCUCUUCACAAGACGCACAUCAAUUUCCGGAUAAUGAAGAGCCAAAUGUUUUGGGCCAUGGCUCACCCACUGCUGUUACAUCGCUGCAACAACGUAACGGUUGUUGCCACAUCCAAUCCGAUUCUCAGGUCGAUGACACUGGAAAGUACAUGAAGAAUAAAAUGUUGCUAAAUUUUGAAGAUGCACCUGAUCAUCUUAAAUUUAAUCCCUACAUAAGACAUGGUUAUCGUACAUUCCUUUCCACAAAGCUAUGUCUGCAGAGUAUGUUCUGGUGGACAAAUGAAACGAUCAAUAUAUGGAGUCAUUUAUGCGGUUGUAUAUUAUUUAUUGGUCUGACCAUAUUCGAUUUUCAAUUCCUGAAGAUUCAUGCGGAACUGGAGGAUCAGAUUUUGGUUGUGUGCCUCUUGAUAUGCUUCUGCCUGUGCAUGCUGCUAUCCUCAAUCUAUCACAUCUUCUCGUGUAAAUCUGAAGAACAUUAUGAGCUAUUUCUGUCGGUGGACUAUUUGGGCAUAUCGUUGUCCCUGGUGGCCAUCUACAUAAGUAGCAUGUAUUAUGCUUUUUGGUGUUUUAAGAAUCUUAGAAUAAUUUACUCUGUGAUUGCUUUGAGCAUGUUCGCCCUAGCUAUGGUUGUACAAAUUCCCAAAUUAAAUGUUUCCCUUAAUGCAAAAAUAGCGGUGCUAUUUACAUGGGCAGCCUAUGGUGUUAUACCACUGGGCCAUUGGACCGUGGUCAUGGGUGGUUUGGAAAAUGAACUUGUGAGGCUAAUGGUUCCCCGUGUCAUCAUCAUGUAUGCCUUGUGUGCCAUUGCCUUUGUGAUAUAUGCAGCCAAGAUUCCCGAACGCUGGCUAACUGGUAAAGUUGACUACAUUGGUCACUCACACAACUGGUGGCAUCUAUUCAUUUUGGCCGCCUUCUAUCACUGGCACAACACCGGUUUGGUCUAUGCUGAAUAUCGUUUAAACAACGGUUGCCAUGGACCCAUACUGACGUGAGGAGGAGAAGAAGGCCAACAAGCUGAUGUCUCGGAUUCUGUCAUAGAACAUUCAUUCAAAAGAUUCAUGCCAUCAGAACAGAACGUGUUGAGAGAAUAUACCAAAAAUCAAGAAGAAGAAGAUUCAAAUUAACAACAAUGGGAAGAAAACAAAACAUGUUCGUCUAGUCCAGUUGUUCCUUGCGGCCGGAUAUCUAAUAUCACUUUCAUUCUGAACGAUUAUAUUAAUUAUGGUGAAAGAAAUAAGUGACAGCUGUUCCAGUUAUUAUACAUAUAUUUGACAUUUCAUAAGCCCUCUAAUUCUGCUUUAUUUAUUAAUUUUUUUGGUGCGACCUCUUAUGUUGAAGGCAGGAUCUCCAACUGGAAACAUUCGAUUUCCGCCAAAAACCCAAAACCAUUAAACGAUAUUGUAAUGAAACUGUAGUCUUAAAAUAAUUUAAUUUAGUUUGGUUAAUUUUUAUUAUUAUUAUUACCAUCAUCAUAAUCAUUACUAUUGUUAUUGCAAUGUGUGUUAUUACAAAGAAAGAACAAUAGUACAUACCUGGUUAAUUUUGAGUUGAUUUUUGUAUAACAGGGCUUAGGUCCCUUAUUAUAGAAUUGACUAUUAGUAUUGGAACUAUAUAAUUCCCCAUAUUCAAAGCAUGCGAUCAAUUAAUCCAUCCGUCAGUCAGUUAGCCACUCUCUUAACUAUUGAAUGCCACUCUCAGUUAGUCGACCUCCUUAUUUCUACCUUGAUAUUUAAGUCUAAGAGAGUGCGGUAGCCACGAAAAUGGUUUAGCCCAUUUGUGGAUCUUCAGGGCUAAAAGCAGUUCAAGGAAAUUUUUCUCAGUUAUUUCUUUCUUUUCUAAUUUAAAAUAAAUUUAAGUGUUGUAUAUUUGCGAAUGAUUGUAAUUUUAAUAGGAAAUUAAAUAAAAUGGAAUAAACGAAUAAUAGUGAAUAGUAUAA